AUGGCCGAACAAAUGGAUGGCGCCGAGGAGACUGCGGAACAGGUCAGGAGUGAAGGGGUUGAAAGCCGCUCUUACCUGCUUGACGUGCUGGAUUUGGACAGCAUCCCUCCGACCAUUGGCCGAGUAGUAAAGGACUUUGGCCGGCUGGACAUCCUGGUCAACAACGCGGGAAUCAGACGCCGUCAGCCUGCCCUGGAAGUUACGGAAGAGAACUGGGACGCGGUAGUCGACACCAACCUGAAGGGGCCUUUCUUUUGCGCCCAGGCCGCUGCCCGGCCGAUGAUUGACCAGGGUUUCGGCCGGAUUAUCAGCAUUUCUUCCCAGUUGGCGGUGGUGGCCGGUGAAAAUCGGGCAGCUUACUGCGCCAGCAAGGCGGGUCUGGCCAACCUUACCCGAGUGCUGGCACUGGAGUGGCUCAAGUACGGCAUCACGGUUAAUGCCAUAGGACCCGGCCCAACCGAGACCCCCGGCUUACUGAUUGCGGACACUCGCACCGCCGAUGAAUUGCAAUACGAUCUCAGGGCACAUAUGCCUUUGGGCCGCCGUAUGCAGGCGGAGGAACUGGUGGGGGCGGCAAUUUACCUGGCCAGUCCGUCCGCUGGCGCCACCACCGGCCAGCUAUUAAUCGUGGAUGGCGGCUGGACCAUCAUUUGA